CUGAGAGUAAUGUUACAGAGCCGAGAGCAGAGUGAGAAGACUGCGUAUCGCUAUUACCUCCACACAGCCAUUGCAGUGCAUUGAGAAUCAGCGCCAGCCUUUGGGACAUCUUCAAGAUGGGGAAGGACCCAGCAAAACCAAGAGGAAAAAUGUCCUCUUAUGCCUAUUUUGUCCAGACCUGCAGAGAGGAACACAAGAAGAAACACCCUGACACGUCGGUUAAUUUCUCAGAGUUCUCUAAAAAGUGCUCUGAGCGAUGGAAGACCAUGUCAGCCAAGGAAAAGGGCAAGUUUGAGGAGAUGGCCAGACUUGACAAGGCACGUUAUGAGAGGGAGAUGAAGAACUAUGUUCCUCCCAAAGGCGAGAAGAAGAAGAGGUUUAAGGACCCCAAUGCCCCAAAGAGACCCCCGUCGGCCUUUUUCAUUUUUUGUUCGGAAUAUCGGCCCAAGGUGAAGGAGGAGACCCCGGGUCUGUCUAUUGGAGAUGUGGCCAAGAAGCUUGGAGAGAUGUGGAAUAAGACCUCUGCUGAAGAGAAGCAGCCUUAUGAGAAGAAAGCAGCCAAGCUGAAGGAGAAAUAUGAGAAGGAUAUUGCAGCAUACCGAAAGGGAAAAGUUGUGGGGGGUGCUGCAAAAGCCCCAACCAAGCCAGACAAAGCCGAUGAUGAUGACGAUGACGAUGAUGACGAGGAAGAUGAUGAUGAUGAUGAUGAAGAUGAGGAGGAUGAUGAGUAAAAAUUGGUUACAAAGUAGAGCUUAGCUUCUUGUUUAUAAAGCAUUUAACCCCCCUGUACACACUUAUCUGAGGCCAUAAAAUGGGUAAAUAAGGAAAACUAAA